AUGCCGUCGGAAAAGCCCCCGGUCGAACAGUCGGCCCCGGACCUCGAGAUCGUCGGCAAUAAGCUCACCAUCCAUCCGAGCGGAUUCACCGGCGGACCGGAGCCCCAAGAUGACCAGAUCACCGAGCGCAAUCUCGUGCACCACAUGGCGCGCUUUCGCGAAAACCCGUUCGACUUCCUGCGCGAAGUGAGCCUCUACAUGUCCGGGACCGGGUGGCGCGCCUAUGACGACGUGGUCGGCCAACCUAUCUUCUACAAUGGAUUUUCGGAACGCAUGAAGGCAAACAUCCUGGCGAGUCCGAUGCUGCGCGGGAAGGUCACGGAAUUGGCCGAGGUGCGGCUGGCGGUCGAAGAGAAGGAAGGGCUAUUAAAGGUUCGAGAGGGCCCACUGGACAAGCUUAGAUUGCAGCGUCGGAACGAACUUGAGAGUAAUCUGAAAGAGGUGGUGGAUUCGAUGCUGGAUAAUAUGAUCUGCAAGAUGGAGAGCAAGCGGUUCAUUCGCGGCGCGUAUUAUCUGUGUACGCAGCUGCUUACGCGCGCAUACCAUCAAGGAAUCCAUGUGUCGAGUGAGGAAGUCCUGCGGUUAAGAUCAGUCGCCGAAGAGGCCGCCAGGAAGAAGCAAUCCAUUGUCUUUUUACCGUGCCACAAGUCCCACGUGGACUACGUUUCUCUCCAGCUUAUUUGCUAUCGUCUGGGAAUUGGUCUGCCCGUGGUUGUGGCCGGUGACAACCUCAAUAUUCCCAUGUUGGGGCCAUUUUUGCAGCACGCAGGGGCCAUGUGGAUUCGGAGAAGUUUCGGAAACGAUCCGUUGUAUCAUACUGUCGUGCAGGCGUAUAUCGACACGCUUCUGCAGGAAGGGUUCAAUUUCGAGUGUUUCAUCGAGGGUGGAAGAUCUAGAACUGGAAAGCUGUUGUCCCCGAAGUUUGGAAUCCUCAGUUUUAUCUUAGACAGCGUUAUUUCUGGGCGUGUAGACGACACGAUCAUUUGUCCUGUCAGUACGCAGUACGACAAGGUCAUUGAGACUGAGUCAUAUAUCAGUGAACUACUCGGUCAGCCGAAACCCAAAGAGAAUCUUGCUGAUUUCCUCUCCGCAUCCUCGGUCCUAUCGCUGCAACUAGGACGGGUGGAUAUCCGGUUCCACGAGCCGUGGAGUCUCAAAGAAUUCAUUGGCCAGCAAUUAACUCGGUUACCGGACCAGAUCGACCCCAACGGGGGCUCUCAGUUAAACCAAAAGGAACGGGGCCGGAUACUUCGUACCUUGGGUUACCGCGUGCUCUCCGAUAUCAAUGAUGUGUCUGUCAUGAUGCCCACUGCCCUGGUGGGAACUGUCCUGUUGACGCUUCGCGGUCGUGGAGUCGGCAAGGGAGAACUGGUGCGACGAGUCGAAUGGCUCUGCGAGCGGGUUCGUGCGAAAGGAGGCCGAGUGGCGCAUUUCUACCGAUAUCCGACGGAAGUGGUUGUUGACCGCGCAAUCGAAGUAUUGGGACAUCAGAUCGUAGGUGAAAUCGAUGGCCUGGUGGAACCCACCUACUAUGCUGUCGACCGCUUCCAACUUUCCUUCUACCGCAAUAUGACCAUCCACCUGUUCAUCACCGAAGCAUUGGUCUCCGCAGCCAUGUACACCCGGAUCAAGCAGGGCGGUGGUCCUUCCUUCCAACGCAUUACCUAUUCGGAUCUUUUAAGCCAAGUGUCCUUCUUGUCCCAGCUCUUCCGCGGCGAAUUCAUCUUCCCUCCGGAAGGUUUGACCACCAACCUAGAACGAACAAUCCAAGGACUCGAAAAAGACGACGUCAUCACCGUCACCCGCGAACCCUCAGGAACGCCUCUCUACGUCGAGCUGAGCGAAUCCGAACGCAAAUGCGGAAGAGAGAACUACGACUUCUACUGCUUUCUCAUCUGGCCCUUCAUCGAAGCCUCCUGGCUCGGCACCGUAUCUCUCCUAGGACUCACCCCUCCUCUCGACGGACCGAAAGAAGUCUGGAUUGAUCUGAAAAAAGCACAAGAUAACGCCCAACUUCUCGGCAAAACCCUCUACCACCAAGGCGAUCUCUCCUACUUCGAAGCCGUCAACAAAGAAACCCUCAAGAACUCCUACCAGCGCUUCGCCGAAGAAGGCAUCAUCCACAUCGUCCGGGGCAAAGAGUCCCGCGCCGCCCCCGUCAUGCGCAUCGCACCGGAAUGGACCCCCGAGCGAGACCCCGCCACGGGGAAGCUCCUGGCCCGAGGCCGUCUAUGGGACUUUACAGAAUUGAUCGCUCAAUCUAGACGUGAAGGGAAAAACCGCCGCGACGGCGCAACCGUAUCCUCUCGCGUACUCCUCCUUUCUGACGCCGUCGGCCGCAUCCUGUUUCAGAGCGCGGCGAGCCCGAACCCAGAAGAUAGCGUGGAUGUGUCGUCACGACAGAAGCGGAGAAAUGAUAUUACGACGAGGUCGGGGUCGAAGUUGUAA